AUGUCUUCUUCCCAUCGAUCUUCAUCUGGCAAGGGGAAAAGCUCCUCUUCUGGGAAGUCAAAGCCAAAGCAAGACGAUUGGUCUGGUAUCACAGAUCCGGAAGAGCGAAGAAGGGUGCAGAACAGGUUAGCGCAGAGGAAGUUUCGUGAUAAGACCAAGGCGGACAAAGAGCGUCAAGACCGAGAAGAUGAGAAUCGUGCUCACGCGGGCCAUUCCUAUCACACAGCUGACUCAAAUGAUGUAUACUAUGACACUGCCGAUGCCGGCGGCUCUCCAUGGGGUUCCGUCUCUAUGAAGCAUGUUGUUUCGAAAGGUAGAGCUCAAGAGGAUGCAUCUAGACACGGGUCUCGGCCAGACGACGAGGCAAGCUAUUAUGAAAACCCUGAUGCAACUUAUGAAGGGGAAGGUUAUUACAGAGGAGAAACAACUUCCUAUGAGGAUGAUCAAGCCUAUUACGAUUAUGGGAGCGCAGCUGGCAGCGGUAGCGGAACUUCAGGUUAUUGA